AUGGAAGUCGACUCAGCACCUUCUGCACCUCACCGCACCCCGUCGCACUCGUCGGCGACCCGCCCCAAGGGCAUCCUCAAGCGCGGCGGCGCCUCGUCGUCGUCCUCCUCGACCCGAGUCGCUGGCUCGCCCCCGACCGGCCAGCCUGCACCAGACGGCACCUCUGCGCCCGCCGACUCGAGCCUGACGCCGGCCCAGCGCCAGCACCAGCAGAACCAGCUCGCGUGGGACGAGGCCAACCUCUCGCUCAACGACCUCCAGCGCGACUCGACCAUGAAGAUUGACGAGCCAAAGACGCCCUUUGUGCGCUACAACGCCGAGACCGACGAGGUCAUGAACCUUGACCAGAUCCCCGGCAUCUCGCUCGGCUCGACCUCGUACGGCAACGCGGCCGGUGGCGGCGGUCCGACCUCGCCUGUGCGUCGCGGCAGCGAGGCGAGCGAGAAGAUGGUGCGCGUCGAGCGCAGCAACAGCGACCUCGCCGCGAGCGCGCGCGCCCACGCCGGCGGCUCGUCGGCGAUGCAGGACGACGAGGACCCGUCUCUCGACAGCGACGAGGAGGACUAUGACGAGGAGACCAUCGAGCACCGCCGCGAGUUUGCCAAGAAGCGUGGCCGCCAUUACUCGAACGAGGCGGCGGCAAUGAAGCGUGCGCAGGCGCUCCUCGACGCCGAGGAGGACGACGACGAGCCGGAGCUCACCGAGGAGCAGCGCGUCGCGGCCAACACGCAGGCCAACGCCAACGGCGGGCUCGUCCCGUCCUCGGCGCCAUCGGGCAUGAGCGCCGUCCCGCCGGUGCCGCCCAUGCCGCAGGGCCUGCAGCGUGACGCGCUCUAGCCGGCCUCGCUCGCCCCUCCUCGAGGCGCGACGGACCGGGUCGUCGACUUCCUCCCUCUGCUGUACAUGCCUUGUAGUCCCCUUCCUCCUUCCCUUCUCCUCUCGGCGUUCUCCCCUGCUGCAGUACUGUAACACAUUCGAGGCCUCGUUUGUGUC